AGCCACACGUUUCAUUCAUGACCACACUGCCAUACUAUCAGACGGUCACCAACUGCCGGGCAAUUCAGUUCGUUCUAGAUUUCUUGCACGAUCGUUUCGGUUCAAGUUUAAACACCCAACCACAAAAGCAGAGAACGUACUGCAGCGUAACGCGAAGAUCAUGUCCGAUAACAAUUUCAAAAGUUUGGAAGACACCAUCGAGAAGUAUAUUCCACCGGAAGAACUUCGAGAGGUCAAACGGAUUUUGUACGGAAGGGCUGAUGACAACCCAAUCACCUUCACCGAUGAGGCCAAAUCUCUAGCCAAGGAAGCCGGGGUGGAGCUGAAAGGAUACAUCUUCAACGCCCGCAAGGAGGACCUACGCCGACAGCGAAUUGUACGGGUUGCCGCCAUCCAAAAUUCGGUCGACAUCCCUACAACGGCUCCGAUUCAUGUGCAGAGGGAUGCUUUGCAUGAGAAGAUAUCCAAUAUCCUGAAAGUUGCGGCCGCUGCCGGGGUUAACAUCGUGUGCUUCCAGGAAGCGUGGACAAUGCCGUUCGCAUUUUGUACGCGGGAAAAAUUCCCUUGGUGUGAAUUUGCUGAAGAUGCUGAAAACGGACCAACCACAAAGCUUAUGAAAGAGCUAGCAAAGCAGUACAACAUGGUCAUCAUCUCCCCUAUCCUAGAACGCGAUGCCAACCACAACGAUACCAUCUGGAAUACGGCCGUGGUCAUUUCGAACACCGGAAACUAUAUCGGCAAGCAUCGGAAGAAUCACAUCCCUAGGGUGGGUGAUUUCAACGAAUCCACCUAUUACUUCGAGGGAGAUACCGGUCAUCCGGUGUUCGAGACCCAGUUUGGCCGGAUUGCCAUCAACAUCUGCUACGGACGCCAUCAUCCCCAGAACUGGAUGAUGUUUGGACUGAACGGUGCAGAGAUUGUUUUCAAUCCAUCGGCGACGAUCGGUGCCCUGAGUGAACCCCUAUGGUCCAUCGAAGCUCGGAAUGCUGCCAUUGCCAACAGCUAUUUCACGGUGGCCAUCAAUCGUGUUGGUACUGAGGUGUUCCCUAAUGAGUUUACCUCUGCAAACGGACUGCCAGCACACAAGGACUUUGGACCGUUUUACGGAUCUUCGUAUGUGGCCGCUCCCGAUGGUUCCAGGACUCCAGCACUGUCCCGGGACAAAGAUGGGCUUUUGAUCGCUGAGAUGGACCUGAACCUGUGUCGGCAAGUUAAGGAUUUCUGGGGAUUCCAAAUGACUCAACGUCUACCUCUGUAUGCGGAAAGUCUGGCCAAGGUCACAAAAUCGGACUACAAGCCCCAGGUCAUUCGGGAAAAUUAAUCGCGCCAGUUUGUUAAUUUUUUAAAGAAGUUUUUAUUCAAUGCACUAUAUAAUGUAGCUGGUUUUUUUUCUUUUCUGUUGGUGUAUAAUGUACAGAGUUAAUAUAUUAUUUUUCGACUUC